CCCCUAACCUAGCUCAUUAGCCGCCGCAGCUGCAGGAGAGAAAACACGAGCAGCAGUAGUAGUAGUACAACGCCACCCACCACACAGUGUCCGUGUGCUGCGGGUGUGGACGCACUGGCCUCCACCCAUCUCUCUCACCGCCUCUGCAGCAGCAAAAGGCGAAGGCACAGUACAAAGAUUCAGCUAGCACCCACCACCACCCCGAUUUAUAGCCAGCCACGCCAUCCAUGGCGAGGAAGUGCUCCUACUGUGGCAACUACGGCCACAACUCAAGAACCUGCAGCAGCAGCGCCAGCGCUGGACACAGGGAUACCACCAUGCUCUGCGACGGCGGCGACGGAGGUGGCGGCAGUGGGCUGAGGCUGUUCGGAGUGCAGGUCCAUGUCGCUGCCGGCGGCGGCGGUGGAGGUGGAGGUGGAGGUUUGCCGAUGAAGAAGAGCUACAGCAUGGACUGCCUGCAGCUGGCGGCGGCGGGGGCGGCUCCGGGCUCGCUCGUGUCGCCGUCGUCGUCGUCCUCGUCGUCGAUGCUCCUGUCGAUCGACGAGGGGGGCUUGGAGAGGGCGUCCAAUGGGUACCUGUCUGAUGGCCCCCAUGGCAGAAUUGUCCAGGAGAGGAAGAAAGGAGUUCCGUGGAGCGAGGAGGAGCACCGGCUGUUCCUCGUCGGGCUCGAGAAGCUGGGCAAGGGCGACUGGCGAGGCAUCUCCCGGAGCUACGUCACGACGAGGACCCCGACCCAGGUCGCCAGCCACGCCCAGAAGUUCUUCCUCAGGCAGAGCAGCAUCGGCAAGAAGAAGCGCCGCUCCAGCCUCUUCGACAUGGUGCCGAUUUGCGAGAACGGUGCGCGCGUCUCGGAGCAGCUGAGCGGCGAAGGCGCGGCGGCGGCGGCGGCGGCGUCGACCUCACUGUCGCUGAUGAACACGCACGAGACCUCCUCGGACAGAGUGGCGGCAAUUGAUCUGAAUUCCACCGAGGAAGAUGACACGGUGGGCGCGUCAGGGAGGCCGUUUUUCCCGGUGGUUCUGAUGGAGCAGCAGCAGCAGGCUUCCCAUGGACAUGGUCACCACCACCACUGCACGCCGCUCGACCUGGAGCUCGGCAUGUCCGUCUCGUCGACGCCGUCCAUCGGCACAUGACCCGGCCAUGCCAUGCACACCGUCGUCGUUAGGAGAUGCUCCAGUUUCGUCGGUGCAAGGUCUGCAGGAUAUAGUACACGCUGUAAAACUGUGGCUGAUAUAUCUGCAGUCUGAUCUGUCUGCCAAGUGGAGUAAAGGGCUGGAGUAUUUUGGCAAAUGUUUGUAGUAAUUGUAAAGCUGGUGCAAGUGGAGAGAUCAACGAGUAGUACCAACUGUGGAUACAGUAAUGUCCGUACUACUUUUUAAUUAAUUAGGUUGUGUAAUCAGAGACACCGAUUCUCUACUGCUCAUGUCAUGUGCGCCUUGUGUUCAUUGGCUUUUGCUUAAGUUUUGGGAAGAUUGCAACUCUGCCA